GUUAGCGUGGGGUCCCUGGGUCCCAGGCCGGUGACCCUGUGUGCGCCGCGACGGAAGGACGUGACGGCCAGGUCCAGCCACUGAGGACCCGAGCAGGUGGGCGGUGGGCAGGGAGGGCCUUGGGAAGCGGCAGGAGCAAGCUGGGUCUCCCUGGCUCAGAGAAUGCCCUUCCUGUGCUAAGGGAAGUACACCGGUGGGUAACAGAGACUCAAACCAAGGAGGACAGAAGAUAAAAGUUAGUAGGAAACACGCUUGAGAAGCGCAGCUUGCCUUAGGAAUAGCUCAGAUGUGGACCAGAAAGCCUUUAGCAAAGGAGCUUCGACGCAGAGCUGCUUCCUUCGCCCACAGUCAUGGGAUCUGGGUGCAGGGCGGGAAAGAGCCAUGGGGUUUUGAAGGAAGAGUGAAGCAGGACCAUGCUGGUGAGGGCAAAGCCUAGAGGACGCCGUCCAGGCAGAGGAGGGCAUGGGGCGCCCCCUUCACCCCUCGGGCACUCGAAGAGAGGGACCUUGCGUUGCCCUCCAGGGCUCACCCGCGCGUCCUGCUAGAUGCGCUAGGAUGUCUCCAUGGGGGCGGUCGUGGAGGGUGAGGAAAACUGGCUUUGGAGCCCAGCCUCUCAGCUCUGCCACCUUGGGCAAUGACCAUCACCAGGUUUCUUGUCUGGCAUGGGAGGCACUCUAUUGACCACAGGGCUGUUCUAGAGAGUAGGGAGCACGUGACUUCAGGUUCAGAAGCAGGAAAGUGAAAAAAUAAUGACUGUCUUAUUGCCUGUGCGCCUUGUCCCAUACUGAGAGACUUUGUCCAUUAUCUCAUUUCAUCCUUAGAAUCAGACUGUUAAUUGCCUAUUUGCUACUCUUCUUCCUCUUUGACACCCGAAGCGGAAGGAUAUCAGCUAAAACUCAUCAACACCCUGAAACAGACAGCUUUCAACCAAAGGUGUCAUCCUUUGAAGCUUAUCUACGUAAAGUUGACCUUAGGCCUUUGAACGGCGAUGGUGAAGGAAAAAAAAAGGGCCGAUAAAAAGGGGGAUAAGUCUGCCCGCUCUCCGUCAUCUCUGUCCGAUUAUCCAGAGUUUCCUAAACAAGAUGGCAGCGCUGCCAGGCAAGAGAUGUCCCCAGGUGCUGUGCCACCACCGGACGUGCCGCUCAAAGAACCAGGACUGCACAGAGAGUUCAAAAACGAUCAAGUGCAGAGCGAAGACCCCACCCAGUACGAAGAGCCCAUUCUGACCAAACUCAUAGUUGAAAGCUACGAAGGGGAGAAAGUCCGUGGACUGUAUGAGGGAGAGGGUUUUGCCAUCUUUCAAGGCGGCUGUACCUACCACGGUAUGUUUUCAGAAGGACUCAUGCACGGACAAGGGACUUACAUCUGGGCGGAUGGACUGAAAUACGAGGGGGAGUUCGUCAAGAACACGCCCACGAACCACGGCGUCUACACGUGGCCCGAUGGCAGCACCUAUGAAGGCCAAGUGCUGAACGGCAGGCGGCACGGGUUUGGCCUCUUCAAGUGCCGCACGCAGCCCGUGUCCUACAUCGGCCACUGGUGCCACGGCAGGAGACACGGGAAGGGCUCCAUUUAUUACAAUCAGGAGGGCACGUCUUGGUACGAGGGAGACUGGGUUCACAACGUCAAGAAGGGCUGGGGAUCAGAUGGUAGUUACAAAUCGGGAAACAUAUACGAAGGUCAGUGGGAGAACAGCAUGCGCCACGGGGAAGGCAGGAUGCGAUGGCUGACAAGGAACGAAGAGUACACGGGCCAGUGGGAGAAGGGGGUGCAGAAUGGCUUUGGGACACACACCUGGUUCCUCAAGAGAAUCGCCUGCUCCCAGUAUCCUUUGAGAAAUGAAUACGUGGGCGAGUUUGUGAACGGAUGUCGUCACGGCCAUGGGAAGUUCUGCUAUGCCAGUGGAGCCACAUAUGAGGGAGAAUGGGUUUCCAAUCAAAAACAUGGCAUGGGUCGUUUAACUUUCAAGAAUGGGCGGGUGUACGAUGGCCUGUUUUCCAGUGACCACAUAGUGGCGUCUCCCAGUCUUGAAGGUGAAUUGAUGAGCUGCCCGGACACGGCUUCGGAAUGUGCCCCCAGGGACCAGUCCUGCGGCUCUUCCAUCAGUGCUGAAAUCAUCCGAAAGCUGGAUGGCAGCGAAAGUCAUUCCGUGUUAGGCUCGAGCAUUGAGCUGGACCUCAGUUUGCUGUUGAAAAUGUACCCCGAGAAAGACCAACCAGAAGAAAAGAAGCAGGUAGAAUACGCCGUCCUAAGGAACAUCACAGAGCUGAGACGGAUCUACAGCUUCUACAGCAGCCUGGGGUGUGAUCCUUCUCUGGACAACACCUUUCUGAUGACAAAGCUUCACUUCUGGAGGUUCCUAAAAGACUGCAAGCUGCAUCACCACAAAAUAACCCUUGCCGAUAUGGACAGGGUGCUGGGCGCCAACAACGACAUACCCGUUGAAGACAUUCAUUCUCCAUUCACGACAAUACUUUUGAGGACAUUUUUGACUUACAUCCUGCAGCUGGCCCACCACAUUCAUCACAGAGAAUACCAAAGCAGAAGCCCAUCGCUGUUUUUGUGUUUUACAAAACUCAUGACGGAGAACAUUCAUCCCAACGCCUGCCGUGUGAGAGGCAAUUUAUUCUGUGGGGCACAGCGGACGCUCUGCUCUUUGAACUAUGCUGACAGAUGCUGGGAGAUCUACACGCUUUACUGCAGACCACGUGCAGCCCCGCCCCAUGAGCUCACGAUGAAGACGAGACACUUCCUCUGGAUGUUGAAGACCUUCAAAAUGAUAAAUAAGGAAUUAACGGCAACCAAAUUCGUGGAGGUCCUAGCAGAGGAUAAUCCUUUCAUGCACGACGGAAUUGACAGCAACUUUGAACUUGAGCUGGUUUUCCUGGAAUUCUUUGAAGCUCUGUUAAGCUUCGCAUUCAUCAUUGUGGCUGACCAAGCGUCUAAAUCCUGUGUCACUUCUCCAAAUGAUGACCUGCCUGGAAACAAACUUGGAAGCACUUUCCUAAUGGAAAACCAGAACACCCAGAACAGGAGUCCAAGUGCCGUGACGAGCCGGGAUUCCGACGUUCAGUUCAGCAGCACCAAGUCCUCGUCCAGCAAGCUAGGACCCCUGCUUGAUAUCAGCAAAAUAAGGCAAUCGGAGCCCAAGAUCAAGAAGUCUCUAAGUGAUGGAAGAACGUCCAAAAUGAAUUUUAAAUCUCUAGGAAAAGGGCUAACCUUUCUUUUAUCUCAAAAUGAAAAAAAAGAAAAAUCCAAGGAUGAAGAGAAGGAAAAACUCCACACAUGGGUCAAUACCCUGUACGUCUUUUUUGUGAACACUCUCUUCCAAGCACAUAAACGUGAAGAAGCCCUCAAGGAGAAAGUCAAGGCAAACCGGCUGCAUGCCGAGGCCACGGCCCAACAGAAGAAAAUGGAAAACGAUGAGCUGGAAGCGAGGCUGAACAGCUUGAGGGAGGAAGAGGCCAAAAGACAAGGCUACGGGUCCGACAUCACUGUGAUCAAGGAACCAGUGGACGCCCCCUCCUCAAAUUUCGCACCCACCCCUCCCAAAGAGGACCCAGUGGUGUCCCAGCCCAGCAAACCCAUGCCAAGCAAGAAAAAGAAGAAGUAGCCGCCACUGGGCUUGUAAAGGAGCCAGAGGGACAAGCAGCUGUGGAAGGAGCUGAGCGGCAAGGCCCUGUGACAGGCGUCCUCGUUGGUAAAACAGCGUCUUGCUUCUUGUCUUAGGGUUUUGAAACUACUACUCCCUGGGCCCACUGUGCUUUGGGCUUCUUAUGUGGUUGGAUCACCGAAAUGCCUGUUUUGACAACCGAGCUGAAUGAAAAUACACAUUAUGUGGGCAUUAAAUGUGUAUUGAUUUUUUUUUUAAGUAUAAUAUUAGUGAUUAAGUUUAGGAUCUGGUAAAACCGAUCAGAAACCAGGGGGGAGUGGAUGAAGCCAUUUCAACAUUUCUUCAGGCCUCUCACCUCUUUCCUCCUGAAUCCAGCCCGUGUCCAAACCCUGCCUGUCCUUCACAUGCUGCCUCUUGGGUGACUCCCUCCCUGGUCCUUUCUCAUCAGUUCUCACAGCAUCGCCAACAGCACUGCAUGGACAGAAGGCCCAACAACAAAGGGUAUGGAGCUGGGCCUGCAGCUGGCAGUUGAGUAAG